AUGAAAGCAGUACUAUUAUCCGGUGUAUUUGCCAUCGUCGUCCUGACGGUAGCGGGAGCCCCCACUACUACCACCACAGAGGGGGAACAGCCGCUCACCAUGAACGAGCAACAAAUAGAAGAUUUCCUUCGGGAGCGACGAGCGCCACAUCACGGACACGUGGUGUCAUCGUGUGAACACUUCCCCACCAGCUCUUACAUACCUAACGCUGAACUAUACGACCAUGGAUACCUCCCACAUUCCAUACCUCAUUACGGAUAUCCACCACACUACCGCAACGUGGAAGACCCUGAAAUGAUGCAGUUCUCCGACAUGGACCAGUUCAUGCCCGGCCAAAUGCCUGGUCACGUUCCAAUGGCGAGGCUGGGAGGAUACGGCGUUGCAGCUGGCGUGUCUCCCAUAGCUGGUAUUGGAGGACGAGUGCUGGGUCAAGCUGGGGCUGGAACUACACUGGGCGUGUUCCCUAACGCAAACGUUGGAGGAUGCGGCGUGCCCCUGUUGUUUAGCUGUUCUCCCUCAAUAGUCUCGGGACAGUUGGUGCAGUCAGCUCCGAGCCACGCCGUCUCAGCCUACACUGCUCCCACGAACUCCUACAGGCUGGUGGACGAACCGAUGCAGCAUCACGCACUUGAACAGCACGAGCAAGUCACCUUAACCCAUGAACCCUCGCGGAGAACCUAACGGGUAACCGGGGCUCCGGCUCGACGUGCAGGAGAAGGAACGGGGUG